AUGCCCUCGUCUUUACCUGUACCAAACAGUCAUCAUACCGUAUCUUCUUCUGAGAAACCAGCUUCGAUCCAAUCCGAUUCACCUACAGUCAUCAACGAUGGGAAGAAGAACGACCUGCCACCUACGGCUCACUAUGAGGAAAGUCCCAACUUUGGUCCUCAGCACAUCGAGAUCUCCACGGCGACGCUGAAUAACCCCCUGGAUGGUAUGUCGGCUGAAGAAGUCCUUCGAGAUGUCGAUAAGUUUGUCGAAGAUAAAGGUUUAUUAGAACAUCGAGAACUAUUCCGGAAAGGUGCGUUGUUAGCUAGAGUAGCUCAGAGGGAAGGGGGCUUCGAAGAUAUCAGUGAAAUACCUGAAGAUGAAAAGAAGAUUCUUAGAGAGGAAAUCACUCAUCGAUGGAGACAGCCAUUCAUGCUAUAUUUCUUGGCGGUCUUAUGUGCAGGAUCGGCUAUCGUACAAGGAAUGGAUCAAACUGCUGUUAAUGGUGCUCAACAAUUCUACUUUGACGAAUUCGAAAUUGGUCCUGAAAAAGUCUAUAUCAGAGGAUUACUCAAUGGUGCUCCAUAUCUCUGUUCAUGUUUGAUCGGAUGUUGGACCAAUGCUCCUUUGAAUAAAUAUUUGGGUAGAAGAGGAACGAUAUUCAUAUCGUGUUUCAUCUCAUUCGCUUCGUCCUUCUGGAUGGCAGCUGCCAAUUCAUGGUGGAAUUUACUUAUCGCCCGAUUCGCCCUUGGUCUAGCGGUAGGUGCGAAAAGUAGUACUACCCCUGUAUACUCAGCGGAAUCUUCUCCGAAGGCUAUCAGAGGUGCGCUCGGAUGUCAAUGGCAGAUGUGGACCGCGUUUGGUAUCAUGCUCGGAUUCGUCGCUUCCGUUGCAUUCCAAAAUGUUACGGCACCAAUUGGUCAAUCAAUCGAUCCACCUCGAUACCCUCAAUGGAGAUGGAUGUUAGCCUCGACCGCCAUCCCACCUAUGAUCGUCAUGAUCCAAGUCUUUUUCUGUCCCGAAUCACCCAGAUGGUAUAUGGAGAAAGGAAAGUACGACAAGGCUUUCCGAUCAUUUAGCAGAUUACGAAAUCAUCCUGUACUCGCCAGUCGAGAUAUGUAUUACGCCUACAAGAUGUUGGAAGCCGAGAAACAUCAACGUGAAGGUAAAAAUCUGGUGAAAGAGUUCUUCACCGUGAGACGAAAUAGACGUGCAGCUCAGUCAAGUUUCUUCGUCAUGUUCAUGCAACAAUUCUGCGGUGUCAAUGUUAUCGCAUACUACUCCACUCAGAUCUUCUUAGAUGCCGGUUUCUCAAGAAGUCAAGCAUUACUCGUGUCAAUGGGAACAGGAAUUGUCAAUUGGUUGUUCGCUAUCCCCGCUAUCUAUUCUAUCGAUACAUUUGGUCGAAGAAAUUUACUCCUCACUACAUUCCCAUUACUUGGAUUAUGUCUGUUCUUCACCGGAUUCUCAUUCUGGAUGCCAGCGGGUAACGUCGAAGCAGGAGAGAUGAGUACAGGGAGAGUAGCAAUGAUAGCUACUGGGAUUUACCUAUUUAUGGCUGCCUAUUCACCUGGUGAGGGACCUGUCCCAUUCACUUAUUCGGCAGAAGCUUUCCCGCUGUACAUCAGAGAUACGGGAAUGUCCUUCGCAACUGCCACUUGUUGGGGAUUCAACUUUAUCUUAUCGUUCACUUGGCCUGCGCUGGUUGACGCUUUCACACCUCAAGGUGCGUUUAGUUGGUAUGCGGCUUGGAACUUUUUCGCUUUCUUUUAUACAUACUUCUUCCUACCUGAGACUAAAAACCUUACGCUUGAAGAACUGGAUAUAGUGUUCAGUAUCGGUAAUCGAGAACACGCUACGUACUACAAAAAGAAGUUACCCUGGUACUUUCAGAAAUACAUAUUGAGGAAACAGGUAGAAGAGUAUCCCCCAUUGUAUCAAUUGGGUGGUGGAGGUAGUAUGUCUGAGAAGAUUGCCAGGACGCAAUCGAGGAGUUCUCAUAGGUAG